ACAGAAAAAUGCUACAAAGACUACUAUUUCGGUACUAUUUUAAAACCUGGUAUUAUUUUUAAGUUGCUGUCAUCAUUCAAGUUCAACGGUCCAAAUUUAGACAAAGAUAGGACAUAUGAAUUUAUGCAAAGUGUGAGCAGGAUAUCAAGAAAAAUAAAAAUAAUAUGUCAACAAUCUAUCCAAAUCCAGCUGAUGGCAAAAAUAUUGCAAAAGCAAAGUAUCUAGUCCACUUUUGUUUGCUUUUUAACUUUUAGUGAACUGUAACUGUGUAAAGUUGUGUAUACAAUGGCACUAAUUUACAAAAAAAGUGAUUGUUACUUGAUUGAUCAUAGAAAAUUUAUCACGAACGUGUACAAACGUACAGUAGUAAACGAAAAUGAAACAGUUUCAUUUAGUUUAUUAUCAAAAUUAUUCUCUAUUUUAAAUAUAGCCCACAAACGGAGCAGGAAAAGACCGCAUAAUUCUGAUAAUUUGCAUGAAGAGACAAUGAAAAUUAAAGCGGCAUAUGACAGAUUCUUAUUAGAAAUUCCAGGAGAUAUAAAAGAUGGUCUAGUGAGUACAUACAAAUUACUAGAAACUUCGGAUGUUAGAGACCUUUCCAAAGAACUAUUUGAAACCACAUUCUUUGACUUCAUGGGCAUAAAAGGUGGUAAUAAUGCUGACACUUCACUGAAAUGUAGAAUAAAGGAGCAUAACUUCUUAAUACCAUCUAACUCAAGGUUUUACUGUGGGUGUGUAAAAGAACAAUGUCUGAAAUUAGAUGGCAAUAAGUUUGACAUAGUGGUAGCUGAUCCUCCUUGGUGGAACAAAUACAUAAGAAGGCUGAAGAAUGCUAAUGAAAAGUUAAGUUACUCAAUGAUGUAUAACGAAGACAUAGCAGCAAUACCACUACAGAACCUCUUUGCUGAAAACUGCCUGGUGGCAGUAUGGUGUACAAAUGCACCUAGCAAUGUUGCCGCUGUCAAAAAUAUAAUAUUCCCAAAAUGGGGAGUGGAAUAUGUGGGUACUUUGUACUGGAUGAAGGUUACAGUGGAUUUGCAGCCGCUGUGCAGUUUUGGUGCUGGUUGUGAGAAGCAGCCCUAUGAGAGGAUUUUAUUGGGAAAAGUUGGGGAAGUAAAUGAUAUACCAGAUGGGCAGGUGGUGGUCAGUGUGCCCAGUGCCUUGCACUCACAGAAACCGCCAUUGUUAGAUAUUCUGUCGCCAUUUGUGAAAACAGAAAACCCUCAAACCUUAGAACUGUUCGCGAGGUACCUCCUACCGAAUACCACGAGUGUGGGGUACGAACCAUUGAAGUGGCAACACGAAUCCUUGUAUGAAGAAGUUACGUGAAGUUUAGAAAUUAAAUAGAAGGUUAAAAGGUACUCUUCUUUUUAUUUUCGUCAUAUUUCUACCCGAGUGCCUGCUCAGUAUAAGUCCUGUCUACUAAAGCCUUGAUAGGUUUUAAAACUUACAACGACUAGAUAAUAUUAUACUUUUCGAACAAACAUUC